UCGGUCGGACAGUCGGUUGGUCCGUCGGUCUGUCUGGUCCCUUCUUCUAAUCUGCUCCGUUAGUUCGGUAUCGCAUUAUGUUGCGGUCAGACCGCGUCGCACGGUGCUACAGCCGUGUCGUGCAGUGUGUCCGAGUUGUGGCCAUUUCGUUUGCUUCAGUGCACUUUGGAUUAAAUUUAUCUGCGGAAAUUCCUGCGACGUGAUUAGAAAAAACCGUUGGCAUGCAAUUGGCGGGAAAAUGGGCAAAACUGCCAGCAAACUGAAAUCUCGGAGAAGUCAGAGUAUAGCAUGGAGCUUUCGAUUCCCAUCUAUGAAUACACUGCAGAAUCUAGGCACCAGCGGUCGACGACGUAAACGAAACGGUCUUGCCUCAUUGAAUUCGUGUAAAGAUGUUCGGCAAAAGAGACACACGAUACAUCUGCAAUCGGAAAUAAGCAUUCAGAAGGAACCAAGUUUAAUCGUGGCGCUGCCGUCAUCUAACAAUCUUUCCAGGAAUAGUUCAAGAACACCGGAGAAAGGCAGCGACGCGAAGGAGAAGCGCGAUAUAUGUUUCCAAAGUGAAUCACCCUUGACGAAGGCACCCGAGAGUAACAACAAUUUAUCUCUGCCGAUGGAGGCACCUGAAGAAUCUAUUCGCAAGCUCUUAGAAAGAGAAUUGCGGCUUCUCGAUCCGCGAGAUCUACGAUCGCAUGCAUGGUAUCAUGGCAGUACGUUGCGCGGCGGUCGAAAAGGUGCAGAGGUGGAAGUACCAAAUGAUGGAGAUUUUUUGGUACGUGAUUGCGCCUCUCAACCUGGCAACUACGUUCUCACUGUGCGUUGGAAAGGCCAACCACUUCAUUUCGUCAUUAAUAGGGUUGUGAUUCAGCCUGAUACGGUUUACGAGAGGGCGCAAUAUCAGUUUGAAGAUGAGGCCUUUGAUACAGUUGCCGAUUUGAUAACUUUCUACGUCGGUAGUGGUCGGCCAAUCAGCCAGGCCAGUGGGGCUCGUAUCAUUAAUCCAAGGCCCAGAUCGGUUCCAUUAACGUGCAUUGCGGGAAACACAAACAAUCAGCACUCUAGUGCUUCUUUAUCUUUGACUACUGGUUCGCCGCCUCGUUUGCCCAAAAAACAGCAACGCAGCCAUUCUCUCACUGCUCAGCAUCAUAAUUCUGAUCAGCAUGUUCGUGAGGAUAAUCAACAAACAAGUCCGCAGUUACCUGUUCAGUCUAGUACUUUACCACGAAUACCGCCGAUUCAGAGUCAGCCGCCUUCAUGUUCCCUAUCCUUGGGUCGGCAGAAGAUUAUCCGAGUGAUCUCUGAUCCAGCAUUGCAACAGCAGCAGCAACAAUUAUCGAGUUUAAAUCUGCAGAAUAAUGUGAGUACGGCGCCACCCAAACCUCCAAGAGUGCCCUAUGUACCAAGCCAUCAACAUUAUCAUCAUCAUCAUUAUCACCACCACCAUCACCAUCAUCAUCAAAGCUACCAAGCUUCUGGCAGCGACAGCGGAAACGGAUCGGGAGAUAGUGAGUUUGAGACCAACAACUCCGGUGGUGCCAACAAUCCUUCCGUCUCAGUGCCAAUUAAAGGUGUAGUGAUACGUAGUCAUUAUAAUACUAGUAAUGAUGGCAUUAAUGGCAACAAUGGUAGCGAGUAUGAGUUAUCUGCGGAGGAGCAAUUGGUGAUAGCCGCGCCGUCUCUAGAAAUUACCACAAUGCUCGAUAUCGAGGGCUUUACCACAUUGCUCCUACCGGCUGGUGAACACAGACCUCUGGAUCCGAUAGCCUUGAGGGGAGUAUCAGGAAUGUUAUUAGAUUCAGCACCAAGAGUACUCGCUUCCCACCUUACAAAAAUUGAUCUUGAAGUGGCGCUUGAACCAGGAUCUGGAAAUAGAAUCGGAUUAAGCGGUAUCGAGUUGGCAACUCUUCCUCAUGGUAGACAAGCUAGGAUGGAUUUGAUUGAAAGAUCGGAAUGUUUGAAAUUGCUGGUGGCAGUUACGGUGCUGGCUGGAGCUACGGCUAUAGAAAGAGCGGCUACUAUUAGCAAAUGGAUAAAAGUGGCAAUUGAUACCAAAACUGCGCUCGGCAAUCUGUACGGUUUUUGUGGUGUAAUGCUCGGUUUAUGCUUACCGCAAAUUCAAAGGCUGGCUAAUACAUGGCAUCUGCUAAGACAAAAACAUACAGACGAAGCUUUUAGUUUUGAAGCAAAGCUAAGACCUACUUUGCGGGCCAUGAAUGAAUGUACUAAUCCGCAGGCGCCUAAUACAACAUUGCCGCAUUUGCUACCAAUCGCGUUACUUGGUGAACGCAGUCCCGAAGAUGUUUUAGGCACCGUGGCGCCUUCCGGACUCGCGGCAGCGAUUCUUUCAUCGUGGGAAAAUUCGGCAUCCGAUUGCGGUCUGUCGAUCGUCUGGUCGCAUCUCGAAGCGGCUCGCAAGCUAGCCGAAAAUCUGCCACUUUUUCGCAGAAAUGCAGAAAUUGCCUUGGAAGGUUGCAGAAGCGAUGAGCUAUUGUCGGAUGCCUUUCGAACCGAAUUUCAUAUUAAAUUUUUAUGGGGCAGUCGUGGUGCUACUGUUGCUCCCGAAGAACGUCAUCUCAAAUUUACCCAAGUCCUUGAUGCAAUGUACGAUAAAUGUGCGGCUAGUGAAGUCAGCGCUUAAAAGAUAACUACAAGUAUCAAAAAUAUAAAAAGACAUUUCCACGAGAAUUGUCUCUUUUCCUAAAACUAUUUAUACUAUAUAAAAUAUCGCUAUUGAAAAUUUCUUGAAAUUUUCAUAAUUACAAGUUUAACACAGCAAAAAUUAGAAUAUCUGUAUAUUAAUGAAGUAUUAUCUUAUUACUACUCUUGUAAUCCCGAAUCAUAAAAUAUUAUUCCAAAAAUAUCGGAUAAUCUUCUAAUAUUAUGCUUAUUUCAAACAAACAACAAUAGUCUCCAAAAAAGCGAUCUUGAAUUGAUUGAAGUUUACCUUCUUACUUAUCUAUAUUGUGUCAACUGUACUUAAUUUUAAUUGACACUAUAUUUCUUAAUGUUAUGUUAUGUUGUUCAAUUUGUUUACAAUAUAUAAAUUAAAAAUA